AUGCCUAUUGAUGAUCCUUCAGGUCCAUACUUCCUUCGUCAUUCCGAUAGUCCAGGUCUGAUGUUGGUGUCACAACAGCUCACCGGAGAUAACUAUGCCUCCUGGAGCUGUGCUAUGAGAAUUGCUAUGUCUAUCAAAAAUAAACUUGGAUUCAUCGAUGGAUCCAUAACUGAACCAGACGAUGAAAAUUCUGAACUACUCAACUCGUGGACUAGAAAUGAUAACAUUGUUAUAUCUUGGAUUCGGAACUCAGUCUCAAAAGAAAUCUCUGCAAGCGUAAUAUAUGCUGUGACAGCGUACGAGAUAUGGACUGAUUUAAAGGACAGAUUCCAGCAGAAGAAUGGACCACGUAUAUUUCAGUUGAUAAGAGACUUGAUGAAUCUGAUUCAAGAUCAAGAUAGUGUAAUUGUGUUUUUCACUAAACUCAAAACCUUAUGGGAGGAACUAAGCAAUUAUCGACCUACCUGCAACUGUGGAAAAUGCACAUGUGGUGGUGUGAAGGAAAUGAAUAAUCACUAUCAAAGUGAGUACACUAUGUCGUUUUUAAUGGGAUUGCGUGAUUCCUUCUCACAAAUUAGAGGACAGAUAUUGCUCAACGAUUCCUUACCUCAAAUCAACAAAGUAUUUACAUUAAUUUCUCAAGAAGAAAACCAGAGAAAAAUUGGAAAUCAGGUGACAUCUGCAAAUGAUUCAAAUGGAGCUGCUGCAUUUGCAUUGAAGGCAAAUUAUGGGAAGGGAAUCAUUCAUCUUGGAACAUAUAACAAUACUUCAAGGCUAUAA